UCUCUCUCUCAGAUGUAGGUCAGUGGAGGGAUCUGAGUCAGGGUUAGCCGGUCUGGAGGAAGAGAGCGAGUGACUGCAGUCAGGAACACACUCAAAACAUUGAGCCUCCAGUUCAUUUCAUACUGGUAGAAGAACUUCUGGACCAGUAUAGCAGCAGUGGCGAUGUCUGAGGGAAGUCCGAGUGGGCGGAGUUUGUGGAAUGGGAACGGGGAGAUGGAGGCCACACCUCCUGUGAUGACGCUUGAAUUUGAGGAGAAUGGACUGCAGGUGGCACAGUCAGAUUCGGAGCAGUACCAGCCGGUGACGGAGUGUGUACCGGCGGAGGAGAUGCCCCUGGUGGUUCCUGUAACGGGAGAGUCGUUCUGUCAGUGUCCCACACAGACCGACCUGAGCUCACACACACUGCCCGACACACACACUCACGAGUGCACCUGCGGAGAGGACGAGUCAGGUUGUGUGUGGGCGUGGGAUGAGGAGUGUAUAUCUCCAGCGGUGUUCCUUAGCUGCUCGAACAGGAAGGUGAGCUUCCACCCUGAUUACAGCUGCGGCACUGCAGCCAUCCGCGGCUCCGCCGAGCUCCGGCAUGGGCAGCACUUCUGGGAGAUUAAGAUGACCUCGCCGGUGUACGGUACAGACAUGAUGGUAGGAAUCGGCACGGCAGAGGUGAACCUGGAUCAGUAUCGGCACAGUUUCUCCAGCUUGCUCGGAGUGGACGCCCACAGCUGGGGACUCUCUUAUACAGGCCUGCUGCACCACAAAGGGACAAAAGUAAAUUUUUCUCGACGGUUCGGUCAAGGCUCCAUCAUCGGACUCCAUCUGGAUACUUGGAACGGAACUCUAACAUUCUACAAGAACCGCCGCUGGAUUGGUGUGGCCGCCACAGGGCUGCGCAAUAAAUCCUUCUACCCGAUUGUGUGCUCCACCGCCGCCAAAAGCAGCAUGAAGGUGAUUCGCUCAGUCUCCGCCCCCACCUCCCUGCAGUACCUGUGCUGCACUCACCUGCGCCGGUACCUGCCGGACGCCCCGGACGUCCUCUCCGCCCUGCCCCUCCCCCCCGGCCUGAAGCUGCAGCUCAGCCAGCAGCUCGCCUGGGUCCUCCAACUCAGGAGACCAGACCUGCCCACACACACCUGCACACACACACCUGACCAUCAGCCCCAGCCAGGCCACGCCCCUGCUCACAACACAGAUUAUGACCUAUUCCUAGACACCGCCUCCUACCUUAACGAUGCAGAUGCUGCAUCUCCUCCUGACCCCGCCUCCUUCACACCUGCAGACACACACAUCACCUGUUACCCUGACUCCACCUCUUACCUCAGUGACACAGAGAGUGAAUAUCCUGACUCCGCCUACUGCACACCUGCUCACGCACUCCUGUCCUCUGAUUCUGACUCCACCCCCUGCACACCUGUUCAUACACUUCACACACACCUCUCCUCUGAUCCUGACUCCACCCCCUGCACACCUGCCCACCUACACCUGACGUUCCAUCCCGACUCCGCCUCCUGCAAAGACGUGUCCUUGUGCGACGAUCCUGAUUCGUUCUUUGAACUGAGUGAGUGUUCUGACUCCGCCUCCUGCCCAUGCUGUGAUGCUCCACUUCCUCUUGCCACCUGUGACCAUGACGACUGUCUGUCUAGUGUGUCGUGCUGCUCAGGCCACGCCUCCCGCCCAAGCUCCCCUCUUCCCAAUCACUCAUUCUGCUCCGCCUCCCCUCUUCCUGACCACACCCACUCUAGGCCAAACUCCACCUCUGGGAGUGACUCGGAGAGCUGUAAUUCAGAGACCUGCCAGAGGAAGCGCUGCCGCUGGACGUAACACACACACACACACACACACACACA